GGAGCCGCCAGCCGGCCUUUUCCGCCACGCGGCUCACGUGGUGCCCCGCUCGGCGGGAGAGAGAGAGAGAGGCGCGCCUUCUCCUUUCCCGCGCGUGCUCGCGCCCCCUCCUCCUCCGCUCCCCGCCCCUAGAUGCGCCAGGCGGCCGCGUGCACAGAGAGGGGGGCGCUUCCCACCUGCGCUCCUUCUCUCUGCAAAGCCCCGAGCCUGGAGCUGGCGCGGCAACGGCUGCCUGCCUGCCUGCCUCCCUCCUUGCCUGCCUGCCUGCCUUCCACUUGCCUGCGCCGCGCAAACAAUGAGCAUGCAUGAAGCGGCGGCGGCGGCGGCGGCGGCGGCAGCAAGUCUAGCUGCAUAGAAAGGAAGCGGGGAUCCUCCUCCUCCUCUUCUUCCAGAGGAGAAGCCAAGAGGACGGGUUUAAAUAUGAACGAAGACCCAACGGUUAAUUUAACGUGGCUGCCUCCGGAUCACUUAGAAGCCAGUCCGGCAGAGAAUGUCACGGCUGCAGUCACCUCCCUGAUUCCUGCCGGUGACCCAGAGCCAGAGUUCAUAGUAAACCCCUGGGAUAUUGUCUUGUGUACUUCAGGAACCCUUAUCUCCUGUGAAAAUGCCGUGGUGGUCCUUAUUAUCUUCCAUAAUCCUAGUCUCCGUGCCCCUAUGUUCCUCCUGAUAGGAAGCCUGGCCUUGGCUGAUCUCUUGGCAGGGAUCGGAUUGAUCUUCAAUUUUAUCUUUGCCUACCUUCUCCAGUCGGAAUCUACCAAGCUGGUCACGGUUGGACUGAUCGUUGCCUCUUUCUCUGCCUCUGUCUGCAGCUUGCUGGCUAUCACGGUUGACCGUUACCUCUCCCUCUAUUAUGCUUUGACUUACAAUUCGGAGAGGACUGUCACUUUCACCUAUAUCAUGCUGGUUCUGCUCUGGGGAGCUUCCAUUUGUAUCGGGAUGCUACCUAUAAUGGGCUGGAACUGCCUGAAAGACGAGUCCACCUGCAGUGUGAUCCGGCCGCUCACUAAAAAUAACGCGGCCAUCCUUUCUGUCUCUUUCUUGCUCAUGUUUGCUCUCAUGCUCCAGCUGUACAUUCAGAUCUGCAAAAUCGUGAUGCGCCAUGCCCAUCAGAUCGCCUUGCAGCACCACUUCCUGGCCACUUCCCACUAUGUGACGACCCGAAAAGGAGUGUCCACCUUAGCCAUUAUCCUGGGGACCUUUGCCGCUUGCUGGAUGCCUUUCACACUCUAUUCUUUAAUAGCCGACUACACCUAUCCUUCAAUAUACACCUACGCGACUCUCCUCCCGGCCACGUACAAUUCCAUCAUCAACCCUGUAAUAUAUGCUUUCCGAAACCAAGAAAUCCAAAAGGCACUUUGGCUCAUUUGCUGCGGCUGCAUUCCUUCCAACCUUUCGGCACGGGCGAGAUCUCCGAGCGAUGUUUGAUUAAGAGAGAGGACGGACGUUCAUUUAGCGUUGUGUUACAUGGCUUUGCUGCUUUCAUUGCAUUGUACAUAACAGAUUCACACUCGAGCCACAGGGAGUAUUGACCUUUUUUAAAGAAAGGGAGGAAAGGAAAGGAAAACCCUGUUGACCCAAAUAAACCAUGUUGUGCAGUUUCAGGAUCAUGCCUAAAAGCAAAAUCACCUCUUUGCCAACUUUUGAGUGUUGCUUAUACUGUAUUCUGCACUUGUUGGGGAUGGGGAGCUAAUUCCCUUAGAUCCCAGGCUUCACCGUAUCAGUUGAGAGGGGAUGUUAGAUGUAGAUCUGAUUUCUCCCUGUGAGAGAAAGUUGCCCAUGUGCUCCACUUGCAAGAACCCACUUGCACCAAAAUGUAGGAUGAGGUACACAUAGAGUUCCUGUUCAGGAGCAAGCAAGUCAACAACCCAACUUACUUGGGAAACAAUUUUAUUAACUUUAAUAAGACUAGGUAAAAGUAAAGGGACCCCUGACCGUUAGUUCCAGUUGCGGACGACUCUGGGGUUGCGGCGCUCAUCUCGCUUUAUUGGCCGAGGG